CGUUAGCCAGCUAAACAGAAAGAAGCUGCUUAACGUUACACUGUGAAGAUUUUUUUUCUGGAAAUAGGUCUUUUUACGCGUUUUGCUUUUUUGAGUAGUUCGAAAUAACUAAAUGCUAGCCAAAACGAGGCGCUUAGCUUGCGGACAGGCAACCUUUUAAGGACAACUGCUGCAACUUGCAUUUAGUUUUGGCUUCUGGACAAGUUUCUUGAAUUGCUUUGUUAAUCGUGAUUCACCUUUGAUUUAGUUACGGAGGGCACUGGGAGAAACUCGAACUGGACUUCACUUUUAAACUAGCUAGGUAGCAAACUUUCCUGAAAUCGGGAAACGCUCGCUAACACUUAUUUCAUUUGCCAUGUAAACACUAAAAGCAAUUUAUGUGCAACAGUAAAUUACAUACUCUACACAAACAAACAAUAUCAGAUUAACAAAUUGUGGCAACAACGAAAAAUUAGUAGCCGCUCUAUUAAAACUGGAUACAAAAUGGCGGCGUCGCAGGGACAAGUCCUAUCGGUGUCUUAUUAUGUUUUUUAUUUAAUUUUAUGCCUGGAACUGAUAAUCGACUUCGGAUUGAGCUCAGAUUUGCCGUGUGCUCUGAAUUGUACGUGCACUGGCGAUUCGGUGGACUGUAGUAAUUUGGAUUUGACGGAUACUCCACAGGACCUGCCUGUCCAGACUGUAUAUCUAAAUCUGAGCCACAACAAGCUGACUGCGAUCGAUGCUGCCGCCCUGGCCAACCUCCCAAACCUGCGAGAAGUACGCCUGGGUUAUAAUGAGAUGACAUCGAUUCCAUCAUUUGGAGCUGCCUCUUCAAAGAUUGUCUUCCUUUAUCUACACCACAACAAGAUCCGCAGCGUUGACGGGCAGCAGCUGAAGGACCUCAUCUCCUUGGAGACGUUGGACCUCAGCAACAACGACAUCUCCGAAAUCCGGAGUCAGUGCUUCCCAGCCAGCCUUCGGAUCAAAGACCUGUACCUAGGCAGUAACAAGAUCAGCCACCUGGAGUCGGGUGCCUUCCAGAACCUGUCCCCUACCCUGCAAGUGCUUCGGCUGAGCAGGAACCGGAUCACACAGCUUCCUGUGAAAGCAUUCCAGCUCCCCAAGCUGACACAGCUAGAGCUGAACAGGAACCGGCUGAGGCUGAUCGAGGGCCUCACCUUCCAGGGCCUGAGCAGCCUGGAAGUGCUGAAGCUCCAGAGGAACAACAUCAGCAAGCUGACCGACGGGGCCUUCUGGGGGUUGGCUAAGAUGAAAGUGCUGCACCUGGACUUCAACAGCCUGACAGAAGUGAACAGUGGUUCCCUGUAUGGCCUGUCUGCCCUUCUCCAGCUCUUCCUCAGCAACAACUCCAUCUCCCACAUAAAUCCAGACGGGUGGAGGUUCUGCCAGAGACUCAGAGAAUUGAAUCUGUCCUAUAACAACUUGACGAGGCUGGACGAAGGCAGCUUGGCAGUUCUGGGGGAUCUGCACACCCUCCGUCUGGGACACAACUCCAUCAGUCACAUCACGGAAGGGGCCUUUCGAGGCCUCAAAGCCCUGCGCGUCCUGGAGCUGGACCAUAACGACAUCUCGGGGACAAUAGAGGACACCAAUGGGGCCUUCACCGGACUGGACAGCCUGAACAAGCUAACUCUGUUUGGAAACAAGAUCAAAUCAGUGGCCAAGAAAGCGUUCUCAGGCCUGGAGGCCCUGGAGCACCUGAAUCUGGGGGAAAACGCCAUCCGCUCCAUUCAACCUGAAGCGUUGGUUAAGAUGCGGAGGAUUCAGGACUUGCAGAUCCAGAGUGACAGCUUCCUGUGUGACUGUCAGCUGCGCUGGUUCCCGGAGUGGCUCGUUGCACGGGGAUUGCAGGCGGGUGUGGUCGCCACCUGUGCCCACCCAGAGAGCCUGAAGGGGAUCAGUAUCUUCCAGGCCCCGGCUGAGAGCUUUGUAUGCGACGACCUGCCGAAGCCGCAGAUCACGGUGCAGCCGGAGACGACGGUGGCGGUGCUGGGGAAGGACGUGCGGUUCACCUGCACGGCAGCCAGCAGCAGCAGCUCGCCCAUGACCUUCGCCUGGCGCAAGGACCAGGAGCUGCUGCGCGACGCCGAGGUGGAAAACUUCGCCCACGUGCGCGCCCGGGACGGCGAGGUCAUGGAGUACACCACCAUCCUCCACCUGCGCCACGUCACCUUCGCCCACGAGGGCCGCUACCAGUGCAUCAUCACCAACCACUUCGGCUCCUCCUACUCCAGCAAGGCCCGCCUCACCGUCAACGUGUUGCCCUCCUUUGUGAAGACGCCGCGUGACAUCACCAUCCGCACCGGUACCACGGCGCGCCUGGAGUGCGCGGCCGAGGGGCACCCGGGACCCCAAAUCGCCUGGCAGAAGGACGGGGGGACGGAUUUCCCCGCCGCGCGCGAGCGCCGCAUGCACGUGAUGCCGGACGACGACGUCUUCUUCAUCAUGGACGUGAAGCCGGAGGACAUGGGCGUGUACAGCUGCACCGCGCAGAACACAGCGGGCACCAUCUCGGCCAACGCCACCCUGACGGUGCUGGAGACGCCCCACCUGGCCCAGGACUUGGAGGACCGCAGCGUGGUCGUCGGGGAGACGGUGGCGCUGCAGUGCAAGGCCCUGGGCAGCCCCCCGCCCCGCAUCACCUGGCUGAAGGGCGAGGAGCCCCUGAAGGUGACAGAGCGCCACCACUUCACCCCGGGCAACCAGCUGCUGGUCAUCCGCAGCGCCGCGCUGGAGGACGCCGGCCGCUACACCUGCGUCAUGUCCAACACGCUGGGCACGGAGCGGGCGCACAGCCAGCUGACGGUCCAGCGCUCGGCCGCCUGCGCCGCCCAGGCCGGCCGGCCCGACGGCACCAUCACCGUGGGCAUCAUCGUCAUCGCCGUGGUCACCAGCAUCGUCAUCACCUCGCUGGUGUGGGUGUGCAUCAUCUACCAGACGCGCAAGAAGAGCGAGGAGUGCAGCGUCACCAACACGGACGAGACAAUUGUGCCCCCGGACGUGCCCAGCUACCUGUCAUCCCAGGGGACCCUGUCAGACCGGCAGGACGUGUGCAUCCGGGUGGAGUCCAGUGGCGGGCCACAACCCAACGGACACAUCGAGAGCAACGGUUUUGAUGGAGCCGUGGUCUGCACAGACUGCUUGGAGAGUGGAAACAGUUACUCCAAAGACCCAGACUACGUUCCUCAGGGGUUGCGGCCCACGGACCUAGACUACCAGCAGAAUCACCGCAGCAUGGAGUACAGCCGACCCCGAGGGGACGACCUCGGGCCUGCCAAUGGUCCCCACUGCAACGGGACUCCGAACGGUGUCAAAAGGGACAUUCAGGCGCCGGUGUUUCCCAGCAACCACGACAGAGCGACGUCGCCGAAAAAGCACUGUGACAGAAAAGGUUCUUCCGUGAAGAACACGGGGACGUCCUUACCCCUGGCGGCGGUGUGCGUCCCCUCUUUAGAGGAGUCCUACCACAAGCCGGUCAAGCUGCCGGCCCCCGCGCCGAGCGUGGGAGACAGUGACUGCGUCUUAGACGCCAGGCAGACCCUGCUGUCCAACGGCCACCCUCCCAGGCCAUGUGACUCUGUGGCGGGGGAGUGCACCCCACUGAGGCGCGCGAGCGACUAGCAGGCGCGGAGCUGCCGUCUCUUCUUUGCACUGAGAACUGCUACCUCAGCCCCGGAGGAGCGAACCCACCCCGGAGGAGCUACACCCGCUGGGGGGGGAGGGAGUGCCCGAGGUUCGAGGAUGGAGCUUGUGUGGGCCGUGUCCCUCCCGAGCGUUACAGCUGUACAUACUUUUAAAUCUUCCCGUGGGAAGUGUUAUUCGUAGUUCAACUCGUGACUUGCAUUUGAAGCAUGCAAAUGUAGGGAAUAUUGUACAGUGUCAGAGACAGAGAAAUACUAUUGGAUAUGACUUGUACAUAAGAGUUUUCAUAUAUGUAACUUUUACAAAGAGUAUUUGAAAUCUAUUCAGUGCAUGAGAAAGAAAGUGAGUGAUGGUAGAUUUUUUAAAAAAACUUUUAAGCUUUUUCAGUGUCUAAACUGUGGUGCCUUAUUGCAUGAACAAAGAAACCAUGAACCCCAGCUCCGGUUAAGGAUAUACAAGAGAUUUCUAAGAGGUGUCAGAACUUUGUUUUCCUAAGACGUAAUAUCAA